AUGGUAUCGAAGCUCUCAAUGUCUUUCCGAUCAAUCAACGAUAUGCCUGAAGAACCGGCAGUCGGCGACUGCGUUAAGCUAUACAACGACGCGCUGAGUCAAUUGAGCGCGUCGUUGUUAGAGAUCGAAACGGAGAAGAAAAAGGGAGGGAAUUGGUUGACCAAACAUGUCGUCGGAGAUGUCAAGACGUGGAUUAGCGCCGCGAUGACCGACGGUGAGACUUGCUCUGAUGGGAUUGAAGAAAUGGGAACUGUUGUGGGAAAUGAGAUCAAGAAAGAGAUGGAGGAAGUGAAUCAGAUGAUGAGUAUUAGUUUGGCUAUUGUUAGUCAAAUGAAGAAACUUCUCAUGAUUCAUCACUAA